AUGGACGCGGAACCCACGGAAGCGGCAGCCUCGCGGCCUCCGGCGGUGUCCUGGAAGGCGGCGGUGGGAAAGGAGGAGGAGGAGGAGGAGGCAGCGCCCAGCAGCACGUCGCCCACGGCUCCCGAGGUGGAGGAAGAGCUGAUCCUCCCCACCACCACCACCACCUCCCUGGGGAGCGAAGAAACCACGGUCUUGCCGCGGUCGAGCUCGUUGGAGGGGGAGGACGACCUCCCGGACCCCUCCUUGCCCUCCUCGUCCGAGUGGCCGGAGCCGCAGAGCGCCAGCCCCAGCGAGCCCUCCUCCGCGCCUUUCACCUUCUCCUCGCCCUCGCCGCUCUCCUGGAAGGCGCCCUCCGACAGGCUGCAGCGGCGGCUGGAAGGGAGUGAAGGCCGCGGGGAGCAGCCCGAAUGGACCAAAGCCAAAAAGAAAUGCCCGCCGGCCAAGAAGGGCGCGCCAACCUACACGGUGAGGACCAUCGUGCCAGCCGAGAAGGAGGAGCUGGUGUCGGUGGCCAAGGCCAUGCACCGAGAGAAGUUCGCCAAGAGCGUCAAGGAGCUCUUCCACCUGGAAAAGGAGGCGGCCCUCAGGUCCCUCCAGACAGGCCUCUACAUCGGCUGGCGCUGCCCUGAAUACCUUUGGGAUUGCUUCCGGGUGGGGGAUGAGUCCAGGUGCUUCUGUGGGCACCUGCUGAAGCUGCACCAGGUGUAUGUGGAGAAACGAGCCACUGUACCCUGCACUGUGGCAGACUGCCGGUGCCAGGGGUUCCUGUUUGUUCCGACAUACCCGGAAGAGGUGGGCGAAUUCUGGCUUCGGCGAAGAACUGGCUUUGAUGUGGCAUCCUGGCGAGCAAAAUGCCGGUGCACGCACACGCACGAGGAACACGCGCCCAUCGGAGCACGGGGAUGCUGCGUCCGAGGCUGCUCCUGCAUGGCCUUCGCCUCCAGCUUCCUGUGCGCGGCCUGCGACCGACGCUGGGAGGAGCACGCAACCUUCUUUGAGUCAGAGGAGACGCGGCGCAGAGGUGGCCGGCCUUACGGAGAAGCUUAUGUGCCCUUUGCUGAGCUGCCCGAGCUGCGUGCGGUGGUGCUGACGGGGCGCUCUGAGGACCCUUCCGCCUCCAGGGCUCUGCAGGACCAGGCCUGUCAGGCCCUGACGCCCCCCUCCAGCUCAAGGGCUCUGCCUCUUCCCCCCCCAGGCCCCCGGCGGUUCCUGCAGAAGGACGACAAGAAGGCUUGAGGCACCCUCCCCGCCCCACUUCCUGCUGCGCAAGGGAGGCACAAUAAAGAAAGAUGGCUCUGC